AUGUCUGGUGCCAAAUGCCACAAUGCUGUUCCAUUUGGUAUCGCUGAUAGCUCUUUCCGCAAUCUAGGGCUGCAAAUUACAUUCCCCAAAAGCCAGUCCGAUUUAACAGGGGCCAGGGGUUCUAUAACAACUUUAGUGACAUUGGUGUUAGUAAGUUCUGAUAACUCACUACUAUCGGCCCAGCCCCAAAUAACUUUUAAUGAUGACAUGUAUGUAAAGAAGGGAGAAGUUGAUGAAGCUCGAUCCCUAUUUUAUAGAGAUUAUCAUGCAUACAUGACUUUCAAGAUGUCAGUUUACAAGUGGAAAAACAAACCCCACAUGCCAGUUUGUGCUGGUGUAAAUUUUGAAAUGUGCCACAAGUGUGCUUUGCUUUUAGGUCCGUAUUGUGGAAGUACGACUGUUCCCAAAGAACUCUUGCUGAAUACAAGUGAAGUAACUGUUCGGUUUGAGAGUGGAUCCCACAUUUCAGGUCGGGGCUUUUUGCUGACAUAUGCCAGCAGCGACCAUCCAGAUUUAAUAACGUGUUUGGAACGAGCUAACCAUUAUUUGAAGAAAGAAUACAGCAAAUUCUGUCCAGCUGGUUGUAAAGACAUAGCAGGAGACAUUUCUGGGAACAUGAUGGAUGGAUAUAGAGAUACCUCUUUGUUGUGCAAAGCUGCCAUCCAUGCGGGAAUAAUUGCAGAUGAACUGGGGGGCCAGAUCAGCGUGCUUCAGCGGAAAGGGAUCAGCCGAUAUGAGGGAGUCCUGGCCAAUGGUGUGCUGUCGAGGGAUGGUUCCCUGUCAGACAAGCGAUUUCUGUUUACCUCCAAUGGCUGCAGCAGAUCCUUGAGUUUGGAAGCUGACAGGCAAAUCAGAGCUUCUUCCUCUUGGCAGUGGGAAAAUGAAAUUGGAGAACAAGUUCACUGGUCUCCUGGCCAAGCCCGACUUCAGGACCAAGGCCCAUCGUGGGCGUCAGGCGACAGCAACAACAACCACAAACAACGAGAGUGGCUAGAGAUAGAUUUGGGGGAGAAAAAGAAAAUAACAGGAAUUAGAACUGCAGGAUCCACACAGUCAAAUUUCAACUUUUAUGUUGAAAGUUUCGUGAUGAACUUCAAAAACAAUUCUAAAUGGCAGACCUAUAAAGGAAUUGUGAAUAAUGAAGAAAAGGUCUUUCAGGGUAACUCUAACUUUCGGGACCCAGUGCAGAACAAUUUUAUCCCUCCCAUCGUGGCUAGAUAUGUGCGGAUUGUUCCCCAGAAGUGGCAUCAGAGGAUAGCCUUGAAAGUGGAGCUCAUUGGCUGCCAGAUUACACAAGGUAAUGAUUCAGGUAAUGAUUGGCACAAAACAAGUCUAAACACUGGUGUUUCAAAUGAGAGAGAAGAUGAGACAAUCAAGGAGCCCAUCCCCUCAGAAGAAAUUGCCACAGGAAUCAACUUCACAACUGUGGCUAUUCCAUCAGUACUCCUCAUUGCCCUGCUGCUUGCUGGAAUGGGGAUCUUUGCUGCCUUUAGGAAGAGGAAGAAGAAAGGAAAUCCAUAUGGAUCUACUGAGGCUCAGAAAACAGGCUGUUGGAAGCAGAUUAAAUAUCCCUUUGCCAGACAUCAGUCAACUGAGUUUACCAUCAGCUAUGACAAUGAGAAGGAGAUGACACAAAAGUUAGACCUCAUCACAAGUGAUAUGGCAGAUUACCAGCAGCCCCUCAUGAUUGGCACCGGGACAGUCACGAGGAAGGGCUCCACCUUCCGGCCCAUGGACACGGACGCCGCCGAGGCCGGCGGCCACUACGACUGCCCGCUCGGGACCGGCCGCCACGAGUACGCGCUGCCCUUGACGUCCCCGGAGCCCGAGUACGCCACGCCCAUCGUGGAGCGGCACGUGCUGCGCGCGCACACCUUCUCGGCGCAGGGCGGCUACCGCGUGCCCGGGCCCCGGCCGGCGCACAAGCACUCCCUGUCCUCGGGCAGCUUCUCCCCGGCCGCAGCCGGCAGCAGGAGCAGAGACUACCCCGUGUUGCUCGGCCCCAAGCCUGCGCACGGCGCCUACGACAAGCCCAAAGCCAGAGACCCUGACCCUCCGAAUCCGCAGACAGAUCCCGGGACGAAUGAUGGUUAUGCAGCCCCGAGAGACUGCCUUACACCCCUCAACCAGACGGCCGCGACUGCUCUUCUGUGAACACAAUGUGAAAGAAACCUGCUGUGGUACUGAGCGUCGCGCUGCUGCAAGUCACUGGAAGAAGGGACAGUGCUGUGCG